CCGGAGUGAGGACUGCACUUCCCGGCGGCGCCCGGGACCUGGGAAUGAAUUCUCAGCGGAAACUUGAGCAUCCCCUUUCCCCGCCUGUGGGCUACAUUUCCCAGAAGCCUCCACGGACCACAACCCUUUCUUACCCCUCCGCAGCCACCUAUUGCUACCUCGACCUGUGAGUUCGCCCAGGUUCUUGGAGGAUGUUCGCGUGCGGCUGGGCGGUCAGGACUGGGCUUCAUUGAAGCUUGGAACACGACGCGACUUGGGGAGGAGAAGACUUGUGCCGGUUCAGGCUCUAUUUGGAUUUUUUCCCUCUCUGGACUACAUUUCCCCGAGGGCUCCGCGGUGUAUGCGGAUUCCGGCCGAAGUUCGCUGGCCGGUGUGAGUUGCCGGGAGUUCGGACGCAAAGGAUCGGGGCAUUCCAGGUUGCCUCGCUCACUGGUUUGGGGCGGAUUCAAUCAGACUGGAGUGAGAGGACCCCGGAGAAGUGGACGAAUCCAGAAGAGGAGGAGAAAAGAGCUGCUGUUCAUCAAAAGUCAUGGCGGAGGACUUGAAGUUCAAAGAUGUGGCCAUUUACUUCACUCAAAAGGAGUGGGAGUGCUUGCACUCUGCUCAAAAGGAUUUGUACCGAGAUGUGAUGUUGGAGAAUUAUAAUACCCUGAUCUCACUGGGAUUUUCUGAUUCUAAGCCAGAUGUGAUCUCCUUAUUGGAGCAGGGGAAGGAACCUUGGAUGGUUAACAGCAACGAGACAAAAGAAUGGUGCCCAGAUUGGGAGUCUAGAAGAGAAACCAAGAUGCUAAAGGAGGACAGUUAUGAAGUUCAGUCAUUUCAACCAGAGAUAACAAAAAGACUUACAAACUCUACCCUUGAGUACACUAGGGUCAGAAGUAACAGAGAAAUCAGAUGCCACUUGGAGAGGCUACAGGAAGGACGUUUCAGACAAGCCACAAUAACCUCUGAAAAAAGAUCCACUUCCAUUCAGUGCACAGAUCGUAGAACACCUCAGACAACUCAUAAUGGAGCAAAAUCCUGUGAAUCCAAGGAAUGUAAGACUUUCAGGUACCAAUCACACCAUAGUCAACGUGAAGGAAGUCAUAAUAAGGAAAAAGAAUCUAAAUGUGGAGAAUGUGGGAAAGCCUUUAAUAGUAGGUCAGACUUGAUUAAGCAUCAGAGAAUUCAUGAAAGCAAAAAAAGUGAUGAAAAUAAGAAAUGUGCCUUUAUUCGUGAUGCUCAGAUUACUAAAUCUCAGAGCAUUAAUACUGCCGAGAAACCUCAUAAAUGUAAGGAAUGUGGGAAAGCCUUUCAUUCUAACUCGCAACUUAGUAAACAUCAAAGGAUUCAUAUAGAUGAGAAACCCUAUAAGUGUACAGAGUGUGGAAAGCCAUUUCCAUCUACCUCACAACUUAAUUUACAUCAGAGAAUUCAUACUGAUGAGAAAUACUAUGAAUGUAAGGAGUGUGGGAAAGCCUUUACCCGUCCCUCACACCUUAUUCGACAUCAGAGAAUCCAUACUGGUGAGAAACCCUAUAAGUGUAAGGAAUGUGGGAAAGCUUUUCGUUAUGACACACAACUUAGUCUUCAUCAGAUAAUUCAUACUGGUGAAAGACGCUAUGAAUGUAAGGAAUGUGGGAAGGUCUAUAGUUGUGCCUCACAACUGAAUCUACAUCAAAGAACUCAUACUGGUGAGAAACCUCAUAAAUGUAAGGAAUGUGGGAAAGCUUUUAUCUCUGAUUCACAUCUUGUCCGACAUCAGAGUGUUCAUACUGGUGAGAAACCAUAUAAAUGUAAGCAAUGUGGGAAGUCUUUUCGUCGUGGCUCAGAACUUACCAGACAUCAGAGAGCUCACACGGGUGAGAAACCUUAUAAAUGUCAGGAAUGUGAAAUGGCCUUUACUUGUAGCACAGAACUUAUCCGACAUCAAAAAGUUCACACUGGUGAGAGACCCCAUAAAUGUAAGGAAUGUGGGAAGGCUUUUAUUCGAAGGUCAGAACUUACUCAUCACAAGAGGAGUCAUAGUGGUGAAAAACCCUAUGAGUGUAAAGAAUGUGGGAAGGGCUUUGGUCGUGGCUCAGAACUUAGUCGACACCAGAAGAUUCAUACUGGUGAGAAACCCUAUGAAUGUAAGGAAUGUGGGAAAGCCUUUAUUCGUGGCUCACACCUUAGUCAACAUCAAAGAAUUCAUACAGGACAGAGGAGUGAAUGAAGGCAUGUGGGAAGCUUGGAAUUUAAUUGACACCUGGAAAUUCAUACUAGUAAAACACAAACAAAACCCCCUCUAAUUGUAAGGAAUAUGGGAAAGCAUUUAAGGAUAACAACUUAAUAUCAGAGUUCAUACUGUGGAUGUGAGGGAGUCCGGAAUUGAUAUUUGUUACUGAUUUAAAACCUUAUAAAUGUUAUGAAUUGCGAGGGUGUAUUUGUGUUUCAGAAUUUAUUAGACAUCAAUCAAUUGGUAAAAAAGUGAAAAACUCCAUGAAUAUAAAGAAAGUGGAAAGGCUUAUUAGAAAAGCAGUGUUAGAGACAUUAAUCAUUCUAACUUUUUUCAACAUCAAGGGUCAAUUAGCCCUUAUGGGAAAUCAGAAGUCAUAAUAUAAAUAUUUAUAUGGAGCACCAAUUUGCUUUAGCUAACUAAUUAUUCAUCUGAUAAUUCAUACUAGAGGAAGGCUACAUUGUUAAAAAUGCAGCAGAUUCUUCCAUUCCAUUCAACUCUUGUUAAAUGUUUGCAAGCUCUGAACUGAAUCAGAGUGGGAAAGGAUUUAACCAAUAUUUAGUGUUUACUUGGCUUCACCAUUAUUACUCAUUUCUUAUAGGGCUAAUGACUUAACCAAAUUCUCUCAUUUAUCUAUUAGUAAUAUUAGAACCAUAUUUCUUAGUAGCAUUGUGUACAUUGUAUCCCUUAGAAUAGUGUCUGGUUCAUAUUGAAAGUGUGUUAAAUAAGAGGGGCUUUAUUCUUUUUUUUUUUUUUGCGGUACGUGGACCUCUCACUGUUGUGGCCUCUCCCGUUGUGGAGCACAGGCUCCAGACGCGCAGGCUUAGCGGCCAUGGCUCACGGGCGCAGCCGCUCCGUGGCAUGUGGGAUCUUCCCGGACCGGGGCACGAACCCAUGUCCCCUACAUUGGCAGGUGGACUCUCAACCACUGCGCCACCAGGGAAGCCCUAGAGGGGCUUUAUUCUUAAUUUUGUUUUCCUAAUUGUGUAUUAGAGAUCAUAUGAGAGGAAGGCCUUAUGUGUGCAGUGACUAUAUGAAGAUCUUACAUCAUCUUUCUUCAUGGAAUGUUAGAUAUUUCCUUCUGGAGAAAAAUUUUAAAACAAGCUUUUCAUAGGUUGCCCUUUUCCCCAUUAGGGGGUUCAUAAUGUAAAGAACCCCAGUAGAAUAAAAGUGGGGUGCUGUGAGGUCAGAGGGAAGACUUAGAUAAUUUAUUUUAAGACCUUCUAAAAAACAAGAGACAUAUGCCAUGAUCUCUGGUCUCUGUUUUAGUGAAUUAGAAGAUAAAGCCUCAGCCAAAAUCCAUUUCUCCACAAGGAAAUUUAAGAUAAUUGUAUAAAUAAUUUUUACAUUAAAAAGGAAAUCAAGGCAGGGCUUCCCUCAUGGCUCAGUGGUUAAGAAUCCACCUGCCAAUGCAAGGGACACGGGUUCCUGCCCUGCUCUGGGAAGAUCCCACAAACCGCUGAGCAACUAAGCCCGUGCGCCACAACUACUGAGCCUGCGCUCUAGAGCCCGCGAGCCACAAAUACUGAGCCCGAGAGCGCCUAGAGCCCAUGCUCUUCAACAAGAGAAGCCACCCAAUGAGAAGCCCGGGCACUGCAACGAAGAGUAGCCCCUGCUCACCGCUUAGCCCAUGCACAGCAACAAAGACCCAACGCAGCCAAAAAUAAAAAUAAAUAAAUUUUUUUUUUUAGAAAAGAAAUCAAAGCAAAUUAUCAUUAGGCAGAUUGUCAUUCAAAUGAAGGACAAAGAGACAACUUCAUGUUAAAAUUUGUAGGAUGCAACCAAAGCUUUACUGAGGGAAUUUAACUUCUUUCAGUAUAUGUAGAAAACAGGGAAAAUUCAAAGCAGGGGUUCAUUCUCACUUCCUUAUACUUAGUGUACUGCCUAUUCCUGGUAGGUUCCCAUUAAACAUCUGUUGAUCAGAGGAAUAAGAGAGUGAAUGAAUAAGCAUCCAACUCUAGUAUGUUGAGGUGCUCUAACAAAAUAAGUGCAAAGCCCCAAAAAACACCUUAAACUUUUUGAAGUGAAAAAGAUUGCACCCUAGAAAGAAAAAACUCAAGCAUCAUAAGUGAGAAAGGAUGUGUAACUACAGAAAUGAAGGAGAUGAAGAAAUAAGCCAAUAUUGUUUGGCUGACACUGUUGGUUGCCUGUCCAUUGGUAUUAACCAUUCUCCCUUUGCCAGGAUUGCCUGCUGCCCACCUAAGUCUAAAUGCCAGAUGCUUGCCCUCCUAAUUGCUUUGCAGCUGGGCAUGUGUGUAACAGUCCCGGCCAUAGAAGAUCUAAGCAAAAAGUCUGCAGGUGAGCUUCAGUUAAAUAUUGUUUACUAACAAAAUAGGAGGAAAUGGUCUUCCUAUAUACAGGAUGCAUGUCUCUGUGUCUGUGUGAUACCUGGAAUUAUGGCCAUUUUACAACCAGGGGAGGCGAGAAACUGAGAUUGGCACAGGAAUAACUUGUGUCUUUGACAUUAUUGAGAUGAUGAAACAAUUCAGAACUGCCCUGUGCCCGGACGGGUGUGAACUAAGAAAUUCUGUGCCUAUAUGUUAUAAGUUUAUAUUCAACUUUAUAUAUCCGAGUCUUAGAAAAAUAUAUUUUCCUAUACAUACACGUUUAUUCCACUUUAGUAACAUGAGAAAAUGUUUAUAUUCAGCUUUUUAUAGUGUAUGUGAAAUGAUAGAAAAAGCAUUAUUUUCUUAAACGUAUAUGUGUGUGUAUAUAUAUACAACUUUGAUUUGUUAAGAUGUAGGAAAUGUCUGUUUGCAUUUAGCGUCUCACAGUAUAUGUUUAUAUGCAGCUUUUUUUAGUAUGUCUGAAAUCCAGGAAAAGUAGUAGUUUCCUGAAUAUAGUAAGAACCAAGAAAAAACUAAUUAAAGAGCUACACCAUAUAAUUCCUCUAGUACUAGAGUAGAUAAAAUCUAAGUCUUUAAGAUAUAAAGAGUAUCAGCUAUGAGGCUAACACAACCCUUAUACCAAAUUUGGAAAAGGCCAGCAUCCAGCUCAAAUCAGCUAUAAAAAUAAUCCAUUGUACUCAAUGGUAUAUGAGUAUUCCAAUUAAAAUAGCAAGUCAAAUCUAGCAGCCUAUUAAAAGAAAACAGAGGGGUUGUUUUGUCUAGAAUAAAAUGGUUCAUGACCUGAUCUGUCAGAUUGUAAAAAAUGUGAUGUAUAAAUGUAGUGUUUGCACGUUGAAAACUAGACACUAAAACAACUUAUCCACUGAAAGUAGUAAACUGUUAGCAGCAUAUGCAUAUUCAACUGCUGUGAGGUCACUGCAUUGCCCUCUUAAUCACACCUCAUGGGGUGUAAUCAGUCACAGUAUUUGGAAUAAUCACCAUCCAGUGUAUUCCACCUUUGCCCCACACUUUAGAAAAAUAUUACGUACUAAGUUUAAUGUAAACAUGUAUUAUGUGACAGAUUAAAUCGGUCAUAGCUAAAUAUCAAUCAACCCAUUGGAGGACAAUUUAUAACAAAAAUUUGAGCAUUUUUUUUAAAGAGGGAAAUGAUUACUAAAUUUUAUCUAUACUUUCUCUACAAUUUCUAACUUUUUGAGUUAUAAAUGUUAUAAUGAAUGUCAAGAAAUGAUUCUCUGUAGACUGGAGGUUGCCAAGGGGGAGGGGGUUGGGAGAGGGUUGGAUUGGAAGUUCGGGAUUAGCAGAUGCAAACUGGUAUAUAUAGAAUGGAUAACAACAAGGUCCUACUGUAUAGCACAGGGAAUUAUAUUCAAUAUCCUGUGAUAAACCAUAAUGGAAAAGAAUAUGAAAAAAUAUAUGUAUAACUGAGUCACUUUACAGCAUUAAUUAACACAACAUUGUAAUUGAACUAUACUUCAAUAAAUUUUAAAAAGAAAUGAUUCUGAUUUUUUGCCCAUGUAUACAUAUUUCUAUUUUCAAGAUUUGAGAGUUCUAGUCCAAAUUUAUGUAACAUGUUUUGCCAAAAAUGAGAUAUACUGCAAAGGUUUAAACAACACAGAAAAAAGAGCUAUCUGUACCUAUUUUCUGAAGUGCCAACAUCAAAAGCCUUUCAUCCUUUUCUCCAUACCCUCUCAUACCCACAUUGGAGCUUUAUUUUCGUAAUGGAGGUUAUGGCUGGGAGUGGUGUAGUUUGACUGGGAUUGUGCUGACACAUUGAAGUAUAGCCUCCUUUUCUCACUUGAUAACAUACCAGUGGAUUUCCUUCCAAUCAAAACCUACAGAUGUAACUAGUUAGCUUUAAAUGAUUACAUAGAAAAAGCACAUUAAAAAAUGCCCAACAUCGCUAAUUAUUAGAGAAAUGCAAAUCAAAACCACAAGUACCAUCUCACACCAUUCAGAAUGGCCAUCAUCAGAAAGUCUACAAACAGUGCUGGAGAGGGUGUGGAGAAAAGGGAACCCUCCUACGCUGUUGGUGGGAAUGUAAAUUGGUACAACCAUGGUGGAGAACAGUAUGGAGGUUCCUUAAAAAACUAAAAAUAGGGGCUUCCCUAGUGGCGCAGUGGUUGAGAGUCCACCUGCCGAUGCAGGGGACAUGGGUUCGUGCCCCAGUCCGGGAGGAUCCCACAUGCUGCGGAGCGGCUGGGCCCGUGAGCCAUGGCCGCUGGGCCUGCGCGUCCGGAGCCUGUGCUCUGCAAGGGGAGAGGUCACAGCAGUGAGACCCCGCGUACCACAAAAAACAAACAAACAAACAAAAAACACCUAAAAAUAAAACUACCAUAUGAUCCAUCAAGCCCACUCCUGGGCAUGUAUCUGGAGAAAACCAUAAUUUGGAAAAUUACAUGCACCCCAGUGUUCAUUGCAGCGCUACUUAUAAUAGCCAGGACAUGGAAACAACCUAAAUGUCCAUCAACAGAGGAAUGGAGGAAAAAGAUGUGGCAUAUUUAUACAAUGGGAUAAUACUCAGCCAUAGAAAAGAAUGAAAUUGGGCUUCCCCGGUGGCGCAGUGGUUGAGAGUCCGCCUGCCGAUGCAGGGGACAUGGGUUCGUGACCCAGUCUGAGAAGAUCCCACAUGCCGCGGAGCGGCUGGGCCCGUGAGCCAUGGCCGCUGAGCCUGCGCGUCUGGAGCCUGUGCUCCGCAACGGGAGAGGCCACAGCAGUGAGAGGCCCGUGUACCGCAAAAAAAAAAAAGAAUGAAAUUAUGCCAUUUGCAGCAACAUGGAUGAGAUCAUACUAAGUGAAGUCAGAGAAAGAUAAAUAUAUGAUAUCACAUAUGUGGAAUCUAAAAAAACAUGAUACAAAUGAACUUAUUUACAAAACAGAAAUAGACUCAGACUUCAAAAACAAACUUAUAGUUACCAAAGGGGAAAUGGGGGGGAUAAAUCAGGAGUUUGGGAUUAACAUAUACACAUUAUAUAAAAUAAACAGCAAGGACCCACUGUAUAGCACAAAGAACUAUACUCAAUAUUCUGUAAUAACCUUUAUGGGAAAAUGAAAAAGAAUGGAUAUGUAUAUGUAUAACUGAAUCACUUUGCUGUACACCUGAAACUGACACAUUGUUAAUCAACUGUACUCCAAUAUAAAAUUAAAAAAAUUUUAAAUGAUUACAUAAUAAAGACAAACCCUAUUCUACCAAUGAAAUUUCAGGUUUCUUAUUUUUACAAAUGAUUGUACAAUUUACUGCACAUGUAUUGUUUCAUGUUGCUUUUUUAAUUUCUGGAAGUGGGUAGAUUCCUAUCAGUUGGAUUCCUUGCCUGACAACAUAGAUAUUUAAAAUGUAGUUAAUGCCUUAUUUUUUUUAAUUUUUUUUAUUUUUGGUGAAACUUGCCAUUAAACUCUACAGGAAUUUAUAUCUAUUUCCAA